AUGGUACCUGCAAGGUACCCAAAAAAAGAAAUUCGAUUAGUACUGUACCUUAUUUAGGGUUGCAAAGCAAAAUUAUUACCAAACAACUCAAGGCUUGUAUAAAUAUAUUUUAUGGGUGCAAUGACCGUAGGGUUAUUUUCCAAAACACACAUCGCAUCAUGUCUCUGUUCCCCUACAAAGACAGGCUCAACCGUUCUCAAAUGUCCAAAGUUGUAUAUAAAGCUAGUUGUCGGGACUGUCAGGAUUUCUACAUUGGCAAAACCAAACGGAAAUUGCAUGACCGAAAAACUGAACACUUCAAGGCAAUCACCAGAAACGGUCAUCGAUCAGCUAUUGCAGAACACGUCACUUCAACUGGUCACAAUUUGACAUGGGAACAAUUGUUUUAG